UUGGUAAUUCAGUCUUGUGCCGGCUCUCAACCGAGUCGGACGUCUCGUAGUUAUUUACGUGCCAACAUACAAGUUUCAACUCUUUACGAGACUUAUUAUGCACAUAAUUUUUAACGUAGAUUUUUUUUAAUCUAUUUCUGUCAGAUUUCCUUGUUAGUUUUGUUUAUCGUUGUAUUUAUUAUUAUACUUGCAGUAAUUUUGUGUCUUCAUUUUUGUGGAAAGCAUUUUGUAUCGAGUGCAUAUUGUGAGAUCCUGUUACGCUGUUUAAUUGAGAAAGUGUAACCAUGUCAAGCCGAAGAACAUUACAUUGGUCAUCGCAAUCAUCAACAUCAUGAAGAUACAGACAUAACAAAAACAACCUAUUAAACUAAUCAUCAAAUAAAAUAAGCGCUGACAGAAAAUUCUAGUAAGAUGAAUAUCAAAAUUAUAUCAUUGCUACUAACCUGGAAUUUCCUACUUAUAGCUGCUAGAAGAGACUUUGUUGAAGACGAAGAUGUCAGAGCUAGGGAGUUGAGAAACAAGGAAAAUAACCGCAACCGUACAACAUUUAAUAGAACACUCACAGAUUUGCCCGAAAGACGGUAUCUACGUCAUAGAAACAGCUCUAGGUACCGAGGCGAUAGACGAAGAUUCUGGGAACGUGAUCCUGAAUUAAGGCGAGACAGAAGAAGAGGCUCUGAUUCUGCAGAAGAUAACUUAACUCGAUCUGAACCAGGCUUGAAACAUAUGAAAGUACGUAAGGACAAACACGCUAAAGGUACCACGGAGAAGGCAUUUGUAAAGAAAAAGCCAUCACAAAGUCCAGAAAGGUUGCCAUUGCGAGAGAAUACUACAAGGUUCAAAGCAAAAUCAGCAAAUAAAUGGCAAUCUGGAUUUAUACCGUACCCGCAGCCGAGAGAAAAGAAGCCAAAUAUAAUAUUGAUUCUGACGGACGAUCAGGAUGUUGAGCUGGGCAGUUUAAAUUUUAUGCCACGGACAAUGAAAGCUAUUAGGAGCGCUGGGGCGGAGUUCCGGCAUGCCUACACAACCACACCUAUGUGCUGUCCAUCUCGGAGUUCCUUACUGACCGGAGUUUACGUUCACAACCACAACGUGUACACCAACAACGAUAACUGCUCUUCGCCGAUGUACCAAGCGAAGCACGAGACCAAAACUUUUGCUACCUACCUGUCCAACGCUGGAUAUCGCACAGGUUAUUUCGGCAAGUAUUUGAACAAGUAUAACGGUUCCUACAUUCCACCCGGAUGGCGUGAGUGGGGGGGACUUAUAAUGAACUCCAAGUAUUACAACUACAGCAUCAAUAUGAAUGGCAAGAAGAUCAAACACGGUGAUGAUUACUUCAAGGAUUAUUAUCCAGAUUUGAUUGCGAACGAUUCGAUAGCGUUCCUCCGGGCGUCGAAGCGUAGGUUUGCCAGGAAGCCUGUUCUUCUUGUGAUGUCAUUCCCUGCCCCACAUGGACCGGAAGAUUCAGCUCCACAAUAUUCUCAUCUGUUCUUCAACGUUACCACACAUCAUACGCCUACGUACGACUUCGCACCGAAUCCAGACAAACAAUGGAUACUUCGGGUUACGGAUAAAAUGAAACCAAUCCACCGACAAUUCACCGACCUUCUAAUGACCAAGCGGCUGCAAACACUGCAGAGUGUUGACAUGGCAGUAGACAGAGUGUACCAGGAAUUAAAAGCCCUAGGAGAGUUGGAUAACACUUAUCUUGUCUACACCUCUGACCAUGGUUACCACUUAGGACAGUUUGGAUUGGUGAAAGGCAAGAGUUUUCCUUUUGAAUUCGAUAUCCGAGUGCCCUUCUUGGUGAGAGGGCCUGGAGUGGAACCCGGGACUGUCGUGGAUGACAUUGUGCUCAACAUAGAUUUGGCACCGACGUUCCUCGAUAUGGGAGGAGUGGACCCUGCGGCUCAUAUGGAUGGUCGCUCGUUACUGCCACUCUUACAGCCAAGAAGAAGACGCGCUGCUGCAGCUCAUUGGCCUGACACGUUUCUUGUUGAAAGUUCUGGCCGACGAGAAAGUCAAGCUCAUCUGAUGGAAGAGCGUCUGCGUGCACAGAAAUACAGCCGAGAAAUGAACGAAAAGUUUACAACAGCACAACCGAACGAAUCCUCAUCCGAGAGUGCUGACUUUGAUUACGAUUCCGAAGAUGACUUCUUAGAAAUAGAUGAUGAAGAUGAGGAUGACGACACAGUUGCAGUAAGUGGAUUAAACAGAUCCUCUGAACCCUUCAUCAGCAAUGAAAGUCACAAUCCAGUCCUAGAAGCUACUUUAGAGAAAGCCCUAAGCGCGGACGAUUCUUCCAAUGAGCCAAGUUAUCUUUCAGAAUCAACUUUAAUCAACGGGAAAGCUGCACGACUUGCGGCGGAAUGCACUAAAUCUGAAUUGAGAGCUCCAUGUUCUGAAGGUCGAAAAUGGAAAUGUGUUUUAAUAAAUGGCCGUUGGAGAAAACAUAAAUGUAAAUAUGAGCCUGAUGUAAGCGAAUCACAGCCUAAAAUGAGCACAAAGAAAUGUGCUUGUUUUACACCGAGCGGUUUGGUAUACACAAGAUUGGAAACAGACGGUAACAUAGCCAGAAGACCCGUCAACUCGCAGAAGGAGAAUAUAACUAGAAGUAAAAGAUCUAUAAGUAACGAUGUUUUUGAACCUAAUACGGUAGAUAGUAUACUAGAAGAAAAUCCUAGCAUCGGACACUUGAGUUUCAAAAGCGAAACGUUAAAUGAAAAUGAACAGCGGAAUUUCGAAGAUAAAAUAGAUAAACUAAUCAAAGAGACUGAAGCAUUCUUAGAUGCUUAUGAACGCACCAAAGAUAAUUUAGGUCAUAAAAGAAUAAGGCGCCGUGCUCAACAUUGGAACCAUAACAAACACAAACAGAAAAAUGAUCCUAAAGUAAAUGAUUCUACUCUAGAAUGUAAAGUUGAGAAAAACGGAUCGGUUAAUUGCUCACAAGUUAUUUAUAAUGAUUUGAAAGCUUGGCACAAUAAUAGACUUAGCUUAGAAGACCAGAUAAGGCAGUUAAGAACUAAACUGGAGGAUCUUAAAGAAAUCAAGAGGCAUUUAAAGAAUAGUAAACCAGCACAAGUUGAAGUGCAAACGAUUAAUCCAUCAUAUAUAAUAAAUCAUGAUCACAGUGAUCACAUUCGUGAACCUAAUAACACUGACUCGGUGAGGAAAUCUAGAAUACAUAGAUUAAAACCUAAACACAGAAAUCCAAUUCCCUUGGAAAAGAAAUUGAAGCAAACAAAUGAAUAUAGUUUACCGACUCAAAAUACCAACGUGAGAGAUAAUAUUUUUGAAAUACAGAUGAAAAAUGACUCGAAUUCGGCAACAUCUAAUAUAUACACAUUUAAUGUAUUGAAUGAAACAGAACUAUUUACAAAUCGUACAAAAACAAUGGAGUAUUUACCAAAACCACAAGUUACGACUGUAAUAAUAAAUAGUAAUACACAUAACGAUUUCAACAAUGUUCACGAAGGAACACUUCAAAGUAUUUCAACAGCAUAUGAUGAAGUGACUACAGAAUUUAAUAAAAUUCUACAGUCUUCUAGUAUGAAUUACAUUCAAACAGAAACGAGCACUGUACGCAGUACUACGAGUUCUUUUAUUUCAACGCCAACGACUACUGUUAAUUUGGAAACCGAAAGUACUACGUCAAAACUUAAAGAUGAAAUACAGAAUAAGUUGGAGAAAAAUGAAACACUUUACGAAAGUCCUUUUAUGACUAGAAUUAAGCCGGUUACAUCGACUGUUUCAAAUUUAGGACCAACAAGGUUUGAUGCUUCAGAGUACGAGAAACAGAAUCCGAAUAAGGGAAACUCUAAUAAUAUGAGUCUUUUUGAUAAGCCUUCCGACAUCUUCCAAAAAAGGCUACAUCCUUUGUUUAUUGAGAACGAAGAUAAACACGUGUGCUAUUGUGAAGAAAAUCGGUAG